CAUUUUUUUUUUUAAACGGCGGAUGGGUUUUACACGUGGUGACCAGUGAUCUUCAGGAGACUGCAGCGAGCAGGAGGGCAAGAAUGAAGAGGCCAAAGUUAAAGAAAGCAAGCAAGCGUGUGACAUGCUCCAAACGUUAUAAAAUACAGAAAAAGGUGCGUGAGCACAACAAGAAGCUUAGAAAAGCAGCAAAAAAGCAAAAGAUACGGAAGGUGAAGAAAGACCCAGGAAUACCCAAUGCCGCUCCAUUUAAAGAAGAGCUCCUCAGAGAAGCAGAGCACAGAAAGUUACAGCUCGAAGAACUUAAAGAAAAACAGAAGCUCGCCAAACAGAAGCAACGCGCAAAGAAAAGAGAACUUGAAGCUGAAAAGAAAGACCCAGCGACUAAAGCUAAAAAAGCAAAAAAGGAACAAACUGUCAAGAAACAGCUGAAGUCUACCAGCAAUAAAGAUAAAAACUCAAAAACAUUGUUCUGCAGUGAACUGAAAAAGGUCAUUGAAGCCUCAGAUGUCAUCCUUGAGGUUCUGGAUGCCAGGGACCCUCUUGGUUGUCGUUGUCCGCAGUUGGAAGAGACGAUCUUGAACUUCGAAGGAAAAAAGAAGCUCAUUUUGGUAUUAAAUAAAACUGAUUUGGUGCCCAAGGACAAUGUGGAGAAAUGGCUGAAGUAUCUUCAGAAUGAAUUUCCAACUGUGGUCUUCAAAGCAUCGACACAGCUUCAGGACAAAACCAUGCAAGAAAAGAAGCGUAGAGCUGCAAGUGGAGUUGUUGAUUUAACUAAAGGUGUGACAUGUCUUGGGAGUGAUGUCCUCUUGCAGCUACUGGGAGACUACUACCGGUCUCGAGGGACAGACGAUGCCAUAAAGGUUGGAGUUGUGGGCUUUCCAAAUGUGGGGAAAAGCAGCUUAAUAAACAGUAUGAAAAAAGUGAGAGCUUGUCAUGUGGGAAUAUCAAGAUGUACUACAAGGUGUAUGCAACUGGUGCACAUUGAUAAGAGUGUGAAGAUGCUCGAUAGCCCCUGUAUCAUAGCGGGUUCAUUAAACUCUGCAGUUUCUUUGGCGUUAAGAAGUGCAUCAGAGAUGGAGAAGUUAGGAGAUCUGCUAGAGGCAGUCCAUGCCCUACUGAAACACUGCAAUAAGCAGCAGGUAAUGCUGCAGUAUAAUGUUCCUAACUACAAAAAUUCCCUGGAAUUUUUAACACUGUUUGCAAUGAAGCGGGGUUACCUGAAAAAAGGUGGUGUUCCUGACACACAGAAAGCUGCAGAGACCCUGCUGAAUGACUGGACUGGGGCAAAAGUGAGCUACCAUUCUAAACCCCCUGAGCAACACACAUUUCCCUCUCGCCUCUCUGAAACUGAUGUAGCAGAAAGGCUGAAGGAAUGGGAGAUGGAAAAGCUAAAACAAGGCAACUUGAACACCAUCAAAAAUGUGAAGUGUCCCAACAUGGCAAGCAGCAUUGUGUUCCAUUCUUCAGGCCCAACUGAUGGAGUUCUGGAAGAGGGAGAGGUGAAGGAGCCAGAUGAAUGGCAAGAUGAAGAGGUGGAGCUUGGUAGUGAGGAGGAAGAUGAAGAUGAAGAGGAGCUGGAGCUGGAUGAAAUCAAACCCAAAGUCGAGAAAGUCUUGCCAGUGGACAAAGCAUCAAAUGGUAAAUUAGAAGAAAAGACAACUGGGGAGCAUUCAAGAUUGCAAUCACAGGUGGUACCUGUUAGCAUAGACUUUUCUUCAUCCAAGAAAGAUGAUGAUGCAUAUGACUUUAACACGGACUUCAAUUAAAAUUAGCGUUUAGCAGAGCUUCCUUCACUGGAGGCGAACGCUGGUGAAACAGCACACUGUCUUGCGCAGUAAGAUUGAACUGCAGCACGUGUACCUGCUGUAAUCUGAAUUUGUCACAAGCCCCAACAACAGACUGUAAAUCACUGUACAUACCCUGGAAGAUCCAAAGCCAAUGGAAUGUCAAGUUUUUUGUGACUUUUUUUUGUUUGUUUUUUAAAUCCAACAUGGUAACAUUAGUCGUGACUAAUGUUGGAGAUAAUGUUUUGUUUAUUUCAUUGUCAAAAAAACAACAUUGAAUGCAGCUCUAGAAAAGAAAACCGUUUGACAACGAAGUAGGUGAACGUGCCGAUUUAUUAUGUGUAUAGAACAGUUAUGCGGGCGUAAUAAGAAAAUGCAAGUGUCAGUAAAAAAUAUUAAUACUGGUUUGCAACUAUUGUAAUUAACACUGCCACAGGACAAUGAUUCAACUCAAAUUUUGAACAGCUGAUAUUAAAAAGAAGUUCCACAUAAGAAACAAUAGUGGCAGCAAUCUGUCAGGUUUCUUGCUCCUUUUGUUUUAUUUUCAUAAUCGGUUGAAAAGCCUCCAGGUUAUAGGGCGCAUCCUGCACUCCAUUCUGAGCGCCUUUACCAAAUGCGCAAUUUGGAAGCUCCCAUGCAUUGUUUUAUUGCAUUAAAUAAAUGCACAUUAAAAAAAAAAAAAAA